AUGAGCAGUCGGGAGUACGGCAUCGAGACCGAUGCGAUGACACUUCAGCGAUUCGUUCUCGCCGAACAGAAACGCUAUCCGAACGCUACUGGCGAUUUGACGAGUCUUUUGACGAGUUUGCUGACCGCUAUUAAAGCCAUAUCAUCGGCCACUCAAAAAGCUGGUCUUGCACAAUUGUAUGGUAUUGCUGGAUCGACGAACGUUCAAGGCGAGGAAGUCAAAAAACUCGACGUACUCGCUAACCAACUCAUUAUCAACAUGCUGAAAUCUUCGUACACCACGUGCGCUAUGGUUUCCGAAGAAAAUAAAGAACUCAUUGAGGAAAGUGAAGGUGAGCCUAGUCUCAGCGAUGUCCUUCAACCAGGUCGUAAAAUGGUAGCAGCCGGAUACGCUCUGUAUGGCUCAGCAACUAUGGUCGUGCUCGCGACUGGAAAUGGUGUUAACGGCUUCACUUUGGAUCCAUCAAUUGGAGAGUUUAUAUUGACUCAUCCAAAUAUGCAAUGUAAGCCAAGAGGGAGCGUGUACAGCAUCAACGAAGGAUAUUCAAAGGAAUGGUCAAAAGGUAUCGCAGAAUAUAUUAAAAGUAAAAAAGAUCCACCGGAGGGUAAAAAGGCAUAUGCACAGCGAUACGUUGGUUCAAUGGUGGCUGAUGUUCAUCGAACGUUGCUGAACGGAGGAAUCUUCAUAUACCCAAAAACUACUGCAGCACCGAACGGAAAGUUGCGACUGAUGUACGAGUGCUUCCCAAUGGCCUAUGUUCUUGAGAAGGCUGGUGGAAUGGCCACAUCUGGUACCACACCAAUUCUGGACAUUCAGCCUAAGGGAAUCCAUGACCGUGUACCAAUAAUUGUUGGGUCUAAAGAAGAUGUACUCGAGGCAAUGGAAUACAUCAAGAAACAUGAUUCGUGAAUAGAAGUGUGUUCUGCUACAGCUUAAUGUUUCAGUUUUUAGUUUGAUGCUUCAUUCAAUAAAC